AGAGAAUACAGCCAUUGGUCUAGACUAGACUAUAGAGAGAGAGUGUACGUCCGGGCACGUUAUUGUUGCAUCAGAAAUUGCAGACUGUUGACAUGUCCAGCUCGGGAGAGUUAGCCUUUGAUUAUGGCUUCUUGCUGCACACAAGUGAGGAGGCCACAGCCACCGUGGCUCUGAAUGAGUACCUGAGCUCCCGCAGCUACCUGGCUGGGUUCAGCCCCUCUCGGGUGGACCAGGAGGUCUUUGAGCUCCUGCACAGGCCCCCGGCCCCGCAGCACGUGCACGCUCUGCGCUGGUACAGGCACAUAGCAGCCCUGCAGCGGGGGACCCCCAGUCCAGAUAGCAGCAUAAAGGGAAAGAGGGUCCAGCACCCCUGGUCUGCCCCAGCCGGGUCCAACCUGCCAAAGCUGCGACUCUACAACAGCCUCACACGCACCAAGGAGCUGUUUGUUCCCCAGAAUGGAAACAAGGUGUCAUGGUACUGCUGCGGACCCACUGUCUAUGAUGCCUCUCACAUGGGACAUGCCAGAUCUUACAUAUCUUUUGAUAUCCUCCGAAGGAUUCUGAUGAACUAUUUCAAAUAUGACGUGUUCUACUGCAUGAACAUUACGGACAUAGAUGACAAGAUCAUCAGGCGGGCCAGACAGAACUACCUUCUGGAACAGUACAGAGAGAAGAAACCAGCGGCUGCCCAGGUACUGCAGGAUGUCCUUAGUGCCAGAGGGCCCUUCCAGGCCAAGCUGGCCGAGACCACAGACCCAGACAAGAAACAGAUGCUGGAGAGGCUGGACUCUGCCGUCGCUGCUGCUCUGGGACCCCUGCAGGGGGCGGUGGAGAGCAAGGCUGGGGAGGCUGACAUACAACGCCUGGCUCAGGUGUUACUGGAGAAGGCCAAAGACCUGCUCUCUGAUUGGUUGGAUGCUCAAUUUGGCAGUCAGGUGACCGAGAACUCCAUCUUCUCUCUUCUUCCAAAGUUCUGGGAAGGGGAGUACCACAACGACAUGGAUGCCUUGAAUGUCCUUCCCCCAGACGUACUCACCCGCGUCAGCGAGUACUGCCCAGAGAUCGUGGACUUUGUGAAGAAGAUCCUCGACAAUGGCUUUGGGUACGAGUCCAACGGUUCAGUUUAUUUUGACACAGCCAAGUUUGCCACCAGCCAGAAGCACGCGUACGGCAAGCUGGUACCUGAGGCGGUCGGUGACAUGAAAGCUCUGCAGGAGGGAGAGGGAGAUCUGAGUGUCUCAGCAGACCAGCUCAGUGAGAAGAGGUCGCAGAAUGACUUUGCCCUGUGGAAGGCCUCUAAGCCGGGGGAGCCGUCCUGGGACUCACCCUGGGGAAAGGGUCGGCCUGGCUGGCAUAUCGAAUGUUCCGCUAUGGCUGGUUCCAUCUUGGGAGAGUCCAUGGACAUCCACGGGGGAGGGUUUGACCUCCGAUUCCCCCAUCACGAUAAUGAGUUGGCUCAGUCCGAGGCUUACUUUGAGAACGACCACUGGGUUCGCUACUUCCUGCACACUGGUCACCUGACCAUCGCAGGCUGCAAGAUGUCCAAAUCUCUCAAGAACUUCAUCACCAUCAAGGAUGCCCUGGCGCAGAACACCGCUCGGCAGCUCCGUCUAGCCUUCCUGAUGCAUUCCUGGAAGGACACCCUGGAUUACUCCUCCAACACCAUGGAGUCGGCUGUCCACUACGAGAAAUUCCUGAAUGAGUUUUUCCUCAACGUCAAAGACAUUCUGCGAGCUCCCUGUGACGUCACCGGACAGUUUGAGAAGUGGGAGGCAGCAGAGAUGGAGCUCAACGAGAGUUUCUAUGAGAGGAAGGCAGCAGUCCACGCGGCGCUGUGUGACAACGUGGACACGCGCAGCACCAUGGAGGAGAUGAGGGCGCUGGUAACCCAGAGCAACACCUACAUAGCCAGUAGGAAGAGCUCCAAGCUGCAGCCCAACCGCAUGCUGAUGAAGAGCAUCGCUCUCUACCUGACUGACAUGCUCAAGACCUUCGGGGCCAUUGAAGGGACCGAGCCUAUUGGAUUCCCAGUGGGAGGAGAUGGUCACCAUGUGGAUAUGGAGACCACAGUGAUGCCCUAUCUGAAGGUGCUGUCAGACUUCAGAGAAUCUGUUCGCAAAAUUGCCAGAGAACAGAAUGUGACAGAGGUGCUACAGCUGUGUGACGUGGUCCGUAAUGACACCUUACCUGAGCUGGGGGUGCGUCUAGAAGACCAUGAAGGACUUCCCACUGUGGUGAAGCUGGUGGACAAAGAGACCCUGCUGAGGGAGAGGAAUGAGAAAAAGAAGAUGGAGGACGAGAAGAAGAACAAGAAAGAGGAGGCUGCCAAGAAGAAGCAGGAGCAGGAGUUGGCCAAACUUGCGAAGAUGAAAAUCUCCCCGUGCGAUAUGUUCCGCUCUGAAACCGACAAGUAUUCCAGCUUUGAUGAGACGGGUUUCCCCACGCAUGACGUGGAGGGGAAGGAUCUCAGUAAGGGACAGACCAAGAAGCUGCGGAAACUCCACGAGGCCCAGGAGAAACUGCACCAAGAGUAUCUCCAGACCAAUCAAAAUGGCUGCUGAGAGUCCUGGGCCUCGUUCAGUUGUCAAACGUUCUCGAAUGUUGCAGAUGGUUACGCCACUAUUGUAGUCGACAUGAUUCCUGAAUCUACAUGUCAGAGAGAAGCAUGUUUGUUCUACAUGGCAUAUUUCUAUCUGAACGUUCCCGAAACGUUGCGUCCUGCUGAACACGCCCCCUGGAGGAUGCUGCUCCGCCCCCUCCCUUUGCUCCGCCCAUAGCAAUAGUUCUGUCCUCAUUUGUCGUUAUACAGUUCCUCCAAUCAUUUUUUUUUUGCUAAAUCAACAAUUCCCUGCAUAUUAUGUGAGGGCUUGCAAAUUUGACCAAUCACCGCACUCUCUCCGAAUAAAGCAGUCAAAUCGUCGCAAUAUUAUCGCAUAAAAUGUACCCAUCACCGCAGUACAAAAAGAGAGCUUGCAAUUUCAACCAAUCACCUCACAUUUACCACGUAAUAUAGUUCAUUCAAGCCACACGACAAAACUUUUCCCUCAUCAGUGUAUUUUCCAGACCAAUUGGACAAAAUCAUCGUAUAUCGCCAUGCAGAAUUGCAGUGGCAAAAUAAAGCUUGUUUUUUUUCUCUGAAAAUUCCACAACAAAAAAAAAUCGCUGAAUUCCUGGAGGGCCUGACUAUUGGUGAUGCUGAGGCCAGAGAGACCCUGGGUGUGUUUCAAUAGUCUAAAGAAUGAUCUCCUCUCCACCUCUUUUACAUUAGAGCAGGUGAAAGGUGAGAUGAAACCGCAUUCGACUAUUGAGGUGCAUCCACUCUCCCAGUGUUUUUAAGACCUUGAGACACAACCUGGGCUCCUUUGCACUGCACUCCAUGGGGUCACUUUUAAAGGGUUGGUUCAAUCAAAAUCAGUAAUUUACACAUUUUUUGUUUUGUUUUUGUGAUUGACUGCAACUACAGUUCGGAUUCAGUUACUUUCCUACAGCUACCACCGGCUAAGAUUGGUAUUGAUAACCUCAGUUUCACUUGUUUUAGCUUUAACUAAAUUGCGUGCCAAAAUGAACUCUGCGUAAAACCACGCCUGAGGGUAGUCGAUAGUGACUCUAAAGUGUGUCUGUGGUUGCUUUAGCAAAGUAAUAAUAACCUACUAUUUGUAGUUGUAGACAUUCCCUGGCCCGAACGACAACCUUGCAAGCUGAAGAAAUGAUGACAUUCAGGUGAACUAUCCCUGUAGACAACAGUUUGUCUGUUGAAAGGGAAAAUGAGUCCUCUGAAACCCGUUGUUGGCCCAGGCUUCCAUGUGCUGUAGAUUAACUCGUCACACAGUCAUCGUUUUAGCUCUCCACUGCAAACUGCUAUUCAGUGCUGUUAUUGGUUGGCAGCGUGUCCUACAACCGUCCAGUGAGGUUUCAUUUCCCUCUCUCUCUCCACCAUGACUGCAUAUCAUUCCUUUUUUUUUAAAUUCUGAUAUUAUGACUGAGAGGACAGUGAGGUUGAUACACAGUGAAGUUGAAUUAAUGCACGAUUGCAAUGCAGAGAUGAUCACAGAAACAUUUGUUCCAGAGGCUUUCCUUGGGGGUUUUGGUCUUUCACAUGACAAAAUAACAUGCUUUGAGCAGGUGUUAGGCUUGUUGCAACGAUGGCAGAGGGAUGAGAAAUCUUUUAUAGGAAUAUGCAAUUUGUGAGACGUUGAAAUAAACAUUUUAAAAUAAAGAUUUUUAACCAAA